AUUGUUUCCGUCUCCUUCGGCUUCAAUGAUUUGAUUUGAUCCAAAUCCCUAAUCUCUCCUCUCUCUUCUUUUGGUAACCUUCGCUUUACGAUUCCUCCAUAGCUGAGCUACUGUAUCAUCAUCAUUCACCCCGCGAAUUGCUCAGAGGUAAUAAUAAGAAGCAGAUUCACGGCCAUUGAAGAUGGUCGGUGGCAACAACAACAACAACAACAACAACGCAAAACCAUCGACGAACAAACCUCCGGCGACUUCAGCUCCCACCGCUGCUGCUUCCUCUUCACAGAAUCGUAAAUCUCGUUGGAAUUCAAACAACAACGAUGGCGGAACCAGUAACAACAACAACAACAACAACAAAGAAAGCAAACCGACGACGGGAGGCCAGAAAAUCGCGGAUAAGAAGCUCCCGAGGCCGAAUCCAUCACCUAAGCUAGCUGCGAUACCGAACCAAUCCAAUCCGAAUCAUCCAAAUCCAACAGCUCCAACAUCUUCUUCACGGCCCAUGGCGGCGGUGGCUCCGUUUCCUUUCCCUGAUUCGUCUGCGGCGGCGGCAGCACUUGGUCCUCCUCCUCCACCUACUUAUGAUUUUCACAUGCUGGAGCGACGCACGAUUGUUCUCGCUGAUGGUAGUGUCCGUUCCUACUUCGCGCUUCCUCCUAAUUACCAGAAUUUUCCUCCUCCUAGCCGACCGGAAUUUGGGAGAUUCCCUCCUUUUCAUCCGGAAGAGUUUCGAGAUCAGAGGAAGCAUUGGGAUCGUCCUGAAGGGUCGAUGAAACGGAAGUAUCCAGGUGAAGAUGAAUUCGAUAGGAGAGACGAGAGAGCUGCUGAUAUGAUGAGGCAAAGACAACAGUUUAUGCAUUAUGCGAAUCCUAAUGAUCAUCACUCACUUAUGGCUGGUAGGAGUGGUCAGUUUGGAGAAGAUGGUAGAGCAGCUAAGCAUAUGAGGACUGGAUCAAGUAGGCAUGAAAGUGGGGGUGGUCUCCAGGUUGAUCAAGUUGCACUAAAGAAAUCUUUUUUGAGUUUUGUUAAGCGAGUUUUCGAGGACACCGCGGAGAAGAAGAACUACUUGGAGAACGGGAGAAAAGGGCGGCUUCAGUGUCUCGUUUGUGGCAGGUCUUCUAGAGACGUCCAGGAUACACAUAGUUUGGUAAUGCACACAUACUGUUCUGAUGAUGCUAGCUCACGCGUGCAUCACUUAGGCCUACACAAAGCUCUCUGUGUAUUGAUGGGUUGGAAUUUCACAAAGGCUCCUGAUAAUACAAAGGCAUACCAGAAUCUACCUGCUGAAGAGGCAGCAAUCAAUCAGGCCCAGCUGAUUAUUUGGCCACCUCAUGUUAUUGUUCAUAAUACCAGUACAGGGAAGGGUAAAGAAGGGCGCAUGGAAGGCUUUGGAAACAAAACAAUGGAUAACAGAAUCAUCAGAGAAUUAGGACUCACUGGUGGGAAAUCAAAGUCACUGUAUGGAAGAGACGGUCAUUUGGGAAUUACCCUGUUCAAGUUUUCGGGUGACGAUUCAGGGCUCAGGGAAGCUAUGAGAAUGGCAGAACAUUUUGAGAAGACGAACCGUGGGCGUAAGAGUUGGGGUAGAAUACAACCAUUCACUCCAAGCAAAGAUGAUGAGAAAAACCAGAGUCUUGUCGAGGUUGAUGGGAGGACGGGUGAGAAAAAGAGAAUCCUUUAUGGCUAUCUUGCGACCGUAGCAGACUUGGACAAAGUCGAUAUGGAGACAAAGAAGAAGACCACAAUUGAGAGCCUUAGAGAACUCACGGGAACAAAGUAAAUUACAGGUUCUAUUAUCCCCCAAAAGGUACACUUUACUUUCGAGGUAUUGGCUAUUGAGUCUGGAUCCUUUAGUCACACGCUCAAAAACUCAAAAGGAGGAAAGAAAAGUUUGGUGUUUUUUACUUAUUUACUGAAUAUCUUGGUUUCUUUGAUCCUUUGAUUCAGUGUUCAUAUUGCAUAGAGACUAAUAUGGGUUGAACCUGAUAUAUACAAGCUUCAAGCCUUCAAGUGCUUGAUGUUUUUGAUGUCCCUGA